AUGGUCAAGGACACCAAAUUCUACGAUAUUCUUGGCGUUUCGCCUAAUGCCACAGAGCAGGAGCUCAAGAAGGCGUACAAGACCGGUGCCCUGAAGCACCACCCUGACAAGAACCACAACAACCCGGAGGCCGAGCAUAAGUUCAAGGAAAUUUCCCACGCGUACGAGAUCCUGUCCGAUUCCCAGAAGCGUCAGAUAUACGACCAAUAUGGCGAGGCCGGUCUAGAGGGCGGUGCCGGUGACGGUGGUGGUAUGGCCGCUGAGGACCUAUUCGCUCAGUUCUUCGGCGGCGGCGGCCUGGGUGGCGGUUUCGGCGGUAUGUUCGGCGGCAUGAACCACCAGCGUGGCCCCUCCAAGGCCAAGACGAUUUACCAUGUGCACAACGUUUCCCUCGAGGACAUCUACCGCGGCAAGGUUUCCAAGCUGGCCCUUCAGCGCUCCAUCAUCUGCCCCAAGUGCGAGGGCCGUGGCGGCAAGGAGGGCGCUGUCCGCAAGUGCCAGGGCUGCGAUGGCCAGGGUACCAAGACCAUGAUGCGCCAAAUGGGCCCCAUGAUCCAACGCUUCCAGACAGUGUGCCCGGACUGCAACGGCGAAGGCGAGAUUGUGAAGGAUAAGGACCGUUGCAAGCAGUGCUUCGCCAAGAAGACCGUGGUUGAUCGUAAGGUGCUCCACGUCCACAUCGAUCGCGGUGUUCGCAGCGGGACCAAGGUCGAGUUCCGUGGUGAGGGUGACCAAGCGCCCGGCAUCCUCGCUGGUGAUGUUGUUUUCCAGAUCGAGCAGAAGCCCCACCCCCGUUUCACCCGACAGGACGACAACCUUAUUUACAAGGCUGAGAUUGAUCUGGUCACCGCGUUGGCUGGUGGUACUAUCUACAUUGAGCAUCUCGAUGACCGGUGGUUGAGCGUCGAAAUUCUCCCCGGUGAGGCGAUUGCGCCCGGCACUCUGAAAAUGGUCCGCGGCCAAGGCAUGCCGUCUCCCCGUCACCACGACUUUGGCAACCUCUACAUCCAAUUCAACGUCAAAUUCCCUGAGAAGGGUUGGACCCAGGAUCCCGCCGCCUUCACAGCCCUGCGCAAGUUCCUCCCGACCUCUGAAGUCGUCAACACCGCCCCGGAUGAGGCCAUGACCGAGCCCGUCGACCUCGAGGAUGUCGAUAACUCAAGAGGCGGCUUCAGCGGUGCCACAGAUGAGGAUGAAUCCGGCGACCACGAGCACCCCGGCGGUGAGCGCGUCCAGUGCGCAACCCAAUAA